AUGCAGCUAGCCAGAACAUUACCCCAGGGGCACAAGGGACAGUCCUCGCCGAGGAGCCCUCUUCUUAGCGAUGCAGGCAUGAUUCUGCCCGACUUUGGCGACAACCACCUCCGCAGUGAAUCGCCGCAUCCUCACUUUGAACGCCCGCCUUCGCUUCCGACACUGGAUGCUGUGUACGGACAUUCGAGGUCAUCUUCCUUGGCAGGGACUGUUCCGAUAUUAGACUCCGUGCCUGCGAAUCGGCGCCGCUCCUCGCAGCCCUCGAGAUUCACAUCCGUGUCUUCGGGUUCUCAUUCCAAUUCCUCGCUGUCAACGCUGCGCAAGAUGAGCGCUCCAGAGGGCAUUUGCAACGAUGCUCUGGCGUCCUCGCCAACCGCUCACGAUGCGCUCCCACGGAGCACGUGGGACGAGGACGAUCGCAGAAUCAGCGUCGCGUCGAGCUCGGUACUCAGUGAGGAUUUUGAGAAUUGGCCCGGAUUCGACAGCCACGGCGGCUUUGACGACAGCGGAGUGGAUCUGGAGGACCAGGAGGACCACCACCACUCUCCCAGCACCAAAAACAACCAGGGCGACGAGGCGGGAGCCGAGCGGACUCCAGGUGGGCGUACAAGUGGCAGCAGCGACGACGAGGAUGACCCAUAUUCGUCGGCAGCUCUGAGCAGACGAGCAGAGAUCAUCCUGGCCAAUGCCAAAAAGCGCCUCAAUGUCAUGGAGGGCAACCUCAGGGGUGCGCGCGAGUCGCUGGUCGUCUCUCCUACCUCCCCACCCAGGACAAGAUCCUCGUCGGAACUAUCGCAACACAUCUCGGCCGCGCGAGACAGAGACAGGCGGCUGUACGCUGGUAUGGGGCCAAUCCCCCCUCGCAUACAUUCCUAUCGAACGCCUCUGUCUUCCUCAACCAACAGCUCGGCCGGCCAUGCGCGAGGAGUAAGCGAAACAUCGAUACCACUACCUUUCUCGUCUACCUACAUGACAAAAACGCCGGCGAGCAAGCGCGCGUCAAGCGCAAUGGGGGCUGCACGUAGUUCAUGGCUACAAGAAGGAUACGGCAACGGUCGCUUCCCCGUAAAGGAAUCGAGGAGCUACGACAACAUACGAGAUCCCCGUGCUAGUGGCCAAAGAACGCCUGUGAGGUCGACAUCGAGAAGCUCGAAAUCCGCACUUUCCCUGGCCACAUUGCGGGAAGACGACAGCACGCCAACGCUGCACCGAUCUACCUCGGCUGCGAGCGACCUCCGCGAGCAGGUCAACGAUCUGAAGGGCAGGAUAUCGAGUCUGAAGCAACGGGCGCAGGACGAUCGUCUCAGACGGCGCAGCACCCAAAGCCUCCGCUCACCCAGCCCAUUCACGUCUGCCGAGACUUGGAAUUCGUCGCCGGACGCUCAUCGGACCGACAAUCGCCAGUCCCCCCGAGCACCGGCUACAGGCCUGGGCAUCACGACAGAUCCUCCAAUCCGAAAUACUCAUCUGUAUGUGUACAAAGACGAGUAUAUGAACGGACCUAUGAGCGCCAGGACGACUACCUCCCAGAUCGAAGGCGAACGACUGUUGCUCUCCGGCGAGGGUCAAGACGAGUUUGAUGAGCCUCCACUUCCUACACGACACUUUGGUGCUCAACCUUCGCUGCGUGAGGGCCCAGGAACACUCAAGAAAUCUCAAGACGUAGAAAAGACAGAAGAUCUUGAUGACGAUGAUGAACCGGAAGUCGUGGGUGACAGUGUCUACGAAGAUGCAGUCUACGAGAUGCCCAUUACCGCACGCCAUGAGGACCGCGUCGAUGCGUUUGACUACGAACACUUCUUCCUGCACAGUGCCAUGGGUACCUACAGCUUGGAAAGUCGCAGAUCCAGCACGAGCUCCACCAGUUCCACCGCGACCACACGGCCCACAACGGCUAUCAACGAUAACAGUACCCCUAGCAAGUCACAACAGAGGAACUCGAUGCACGCACGAAACGCCAGCGCCGAUUCAGUGUCUACCAUAGCGACGUUUGCCACGGCCGCCGAACGGCAAAACGACGACGACGACGAGAACGAGCAGAUGGAUCAGUUCUCGCAGCAGCUCCUUUCCAACCAACAGUCGACGACACCGCGACCUGGAAUCACGUCGCUCCGCACCGACUCCGCCAUCAACUUGCGACGCGGCAACGGCUCUUCGCCGACUGCGAGCUCGGUCUCCCGCGGCUCGUCGUCACCAGGUGACCUUGUUAGCGGACUGCGGACGUCGAAGCUGUUCUCCACUCUGACGGAGGCUCCACGCGACGAGCCACGAUUGGCUCUCAACGAAGAGGACAAGCAGCUCAUCUACAGCCUGGCCGCAAGCUUCCAGCACGUAUGCUCCAGCCUCCAAAACACAUACGGGGAGCAGUACGAACGCAAAGCAUGGCGACGACGGCUCGAGGAGGCGCGCAGAAUACUGGCCGGCGAAGAUGCCGAGGACGACCCGUCUUUUUAG